AUGAAAUCUACCGAGGAUCUUGUGUUUUGGCGGUAUUGGUUGCCCCAACUCAGCGUCGUUGCCCGCCUCUUCCGCCUAUUUCGAGAAACGGAGCCUCCCACCACUCACUCAGCCACAGCCGUCCCAUUCACAUCCGGCUUCAACCUACAGUUAGCUUUCACCCCCGACGCUUUCAAACGCUUCUGUCGGAAUUUCAAAACGAAGGAUUCUGUAUUGUUAAACUUGGAUGAUGGUGUAAACUUGUCAGGUUUCCACAUUGUAUCACAAAGCGACAACGUUGUGACCUUGAAUCGACGACCACGCCAAAUCACCGAAAACAUGGCUUCACUAAUAAGGCGUGUGGACGCGGAUCUCGCCUCCCGUUGGGAAACGUACGAACACGAAGCGUUGCAUCAGAUCGAACCAUUCUCCCGACCAUCGGAAGUCUCUUUACUGGCUGACACACAGGCCACAGAAGCUCAACGGUUAUCUCAAGUAAAGUUGGUCGAUCGGCUUCUAGCACGACCAACUCGGCCAUCGACCAAUCCCUACUAUACCAGUCCUGAACAAACGGUUCCGUUUAGAGUGGUGGCGGGGUUGCCAGUCGACCCUCCCACAUCACAUCUACGAAACACUACUCCAUUGGAGGAAUUCCGGAAUCUAAUUGGCAAUUCGCCGCUGGACGAAUCACAAAAAAUGGCUGCACAGUUGGCCGCACCCUUUGGCUCGACCACCAUCAUCCACAGCCCCGCGGGAAGUGGAAAAACAUGGCUUUUGGCCAACAUGCUACAAGCCGCGGUGAGGUCAAAGUUGGGACGUCUUUUUGUCGCAACAACUGAAUCAAAUGACGGUGUUAGAAACAUCGCGGAGGCCCUCAGGCAGUUGGAACAACCAGGCACCACAGUCAUAUGGUUCCGAAGCGAACACGACACAGGACGGCAUGUCAAUCCCGCUGGUCGUAUAUCCAAUGAUUACCUUUUUUCUCCACUAUCUUUACUGUGCCACAUCGCUCAAACUCGCCCGCCCCUCACCUCGGUUGGACGACGCAUAAUCGACAAAGACGCCCUGCACAGGAACGCAAGGUUGACCACAAUGCUAAUUGCCCGCGAAGCACUGAAGGUGGCUGAUCGAGCCCUCAUUCUGCUCGGUACCACGAAUCUCAUCGCGUCAACAUUGACCAAGUUGAACCUAGAAAUCGACCUACUCUGCUUAGACGAGGCGGGUGUGGUUUCAACCUCAGCGGCAAUCACAGUAAUGGGAUCGUUUCGACAAGUGUUUCGGGUGGUCGCGUGUGGCGACAAGAUGUAG